AUGUGGAAACAUUUUAAAUUUGAUCCUCAUUCAAUUAAUUUAUCAUGUCAUACAGAUGUGAAACUUAAUGAAUUUGAUGCAUUAUUACAUACAGAAUGGGAUCGUGCUUUAGCACAAAAUCUUUUUACUUUUCAAAUUGAUAAUCAAGUAAAACAACGAGUAUUAGACGGUGAUCUACACUACAUAGUUGAAUUAAAUCCUAGUCGAUAUGAAAAACGUCGAUUACCCUAUGCAUUUGAACAUGUGAUUACACCAUUUGAUAAAAAUAAAUUUAAUUUCAAUAAAAUUAAAAAUGAAGAAAUUCUUUUCUCUCUAGAUAAUGAACAACAAACUGAUAAACAUUUAGUAAUCAUUAAUAAUUCACCUAUUCGUUCUUAUCAUGUAUUACUUGUGCCAGAUCGUCAACUUGAACAAACACAAAUUUCAACAAUAGAUAGUAUUUUAUUUGCACUGGAAUUUAUCACUUCAAGUGCUCAUCCAUUUAUCUAUGUCGGUUUUAAUUCACUUUGUGGUUAUGCAUCAAUUAAUCAUCUUCAUUUCCAUGGAAUAUACAUGCCUGAUCGUUUAUUUCUGCAAACUAUUGUAUGUUCUCCAUUUCAUACAAAAUCAAAUUGUUAUCUUCACGAUUUUUUUCAAACCGAAGCAUUUGCUUUCGAAAUAAAAAAUGUCAAUGAUUUUGAUAAAGUUGCUCGAUAUGUUUAUAAAAUAACAAAUUAUUUAACUCAAUCGGAAAUUGCACAUAAUUUAUCGAUUGUAAAAGGUGAUUCAUUUUCAGUCGUAUCAGAACCAGCUUUACGUAUUUUUAUUUGGUUUCGUCAACCAAAAAUUGGAGUAAAACCAAUGGAUCGAUGUAAUUUUGCUUGUUUAGAAUUAUCAGGUUAUGUAUUUCUUCGAUAUGCAGAAGUAUUUGAUGAUUUAACUGAAUUGGAAUUACGUGAAAAUAUAAAUGGAAUAGCAUUAUCAUCUGAAUUACGAAUUAAAAUAAAAGAAGAUAUAAAACAUUUAUUAGAUCAAUAG